UCUGUGGUGACGAGGAGGGGAGGAUUCCUCUUUGGGGGGGAAACAAUUCAAACUGCUCUGUGGAAGCGGAAUGUGGUGCGAUGCUGGGAGUUUGAGCCAGGCUCUGAGUAUUUAAACUGGCAUUCCUCGCUCUAGUGUGGGAUUUUCUGGUCAGAUUCCAGCUCGUAUCAGGCCAGUUGAAGAGGUGGGCCUGACUGACGUAACGGGGGCAGUGGAGGUGGGCAGGAAGGACAGGUACAAUGCAGGUUUGUUGGCUUGUGAGUAAGGAUGGAAGGCACCAACCAAUACGUCUUGCACACGCUACCUGUGUAUUCAUUGGACGGAGUCCAGAGACCAAAAUUACAGAUAAAAAAUGUUCACGGCAACAAGUACAGCUGAAAGCAGACUACAAUAAAGGAUAUGUCCUUGUAAAACAGUUAGGGAUAAAUCCAAGCAAUGUCAAUUCAGAAGAUGUGGGAAAAGACAAUGAAGUGCAGUUGAAGCCAGGACAGAUUCUUCACAUCGUCAAUCAGUUGUAUCCCUACACCAUACAGUUUGAAGAAGAAAUCUCAGAAAAAAAGAAACUGUCACCAAAGAGACCACAUGAAGAAAUUUCUCCAAACAGCAACUCCAGCACAUUGAACAAAUACCUUAAGACUGAGCACUCAAGUCCAAGGGAGCAUAGCACAUCUAAUAACAUGUCUGAAAGGAAGAAAGAGAAGACAAAGGGAGGACAAACAGUGACUGCAGCGAACAGUGCAGAAAUAUCAGAAAAAAAAGGAAUGUGGAGUCAGGGACUAAAAGUCUCAAUGCAGGAUCCAAAAUUGCAGGUUUAUAAGGAUGAUACCGUUGUAGUAAUUAAGGACAAAUAUCCAAAGGCUCGUUUUCACUGGCUAGUUUUACCAUGGGAACCUAUCUCCAGUCUAAAGGCUGUGAGAAGGGAUCACUUAAAUGUGCUUCGACACAUGAAUGAAGUUGGAGAAAAGCUGGUGCAAGAAUGUUUGGAUUCCAAAGCAUUAAGAUUUCGAUUGGGUUACCAUGCUAUUCCCAGCAUGAGCCACCUGCAUCUCCAUGUUAUCAGCCAAGAUUUUGAUUCUCCCUGCUUGAAGACCAAAAAGCAUUGGAAUUCAUUUAAUACGGAUUAUUUCGUGGAAUCCCAAGUUGUGAUGAAGAUGGUGGAGCAGAAUGGAAAGGUAAUUGUCAAGGAUGAAAUGCCUGAAUUGUUAAAAAUGCCACUAAUGUGCCAUGUCUGCCGACAGCAAUUGUCUACCAUUCCACAAUUGAAAGAGCAUCUGAGAAAGCAUUUCCCUUAAGGUUUAACAAUUCCAUUGUUUCCACAUGCCUUUCCAACAUCAUUCACUUACAUGUUUACUAUUUGUUGUACAACUGUACAGUUUAACAAAAAUGGUUUGUUUGUGGUUAUUUAGAAAUAAAAAACAAAGAAGCUCACUGGUAAAUUACUUCAAUUACAUACAUGCCAAGGAAACACUUAAGAGUUACAAAUUAGCCCUUGGCUAUGCUUGAGAUGUUAGCAAACUCGCCUCUACAUCAGGAUGUGGGUACACAUUCCCAGCUCAAAAUUUUAGGCUGACCUUCCUGUCCAACAGUGUGAUAGUGCUAUGCUGAAAAGUACUGUUAUUAGAAUGAGGCAUUAAACUGAGGCCCUGUCUGUGCUCUCCAAUGAAUGCAAAAGGUUUCGUAUUGUUACUUAAACAGAUUAUGUGGUCAGUAUUUGAGAGUCAUUUAUGGGAUGUGUGCUAUAUGCAAAUUAGUUCCUACAUAUUCUACAUCUGUGACUAAUCUUAAAACAUUUUGUGAUUUCCUAAGAUAAUGAAAGACUACACAAAUCUAAGCCACCUUUUACCAAGCUCUCAAUGUUUAAUUAUAUUAUUUUGCUGUUUCGAUAAGGAAUCAAUGGCAUUCAGUGGGGAAAUUGUUUUACGGUGCUGUGUUUUUUCUGCUGUUAACUCAUAACAUUACAUUCUGCAGUUAUAGAUAAUGUAAUGGUCUAGCUGUUGAAGUCAACCCUAUAGAGGUGGGCAUAUUACAUUUUCAGUUUGUUAUAGUACUGAUAACCUGACACCUGCCAAAUUAUGUAAGCAGGGCCCACCUGUCACUCCAGGUAUGGGAAUAAUGACUCCUUUAAGUUAAAGAAGCCUGAUCCUUGUGCACGAAGUGCUAAGAAAGACCUAACUUCAUACCACACUGAAAAUAAGGAAAGUAAGGAACCACAGUGUUGGGAUAUUCUUACCCCUCUGUACAUAACAAUCACCCUUCUCUCACUUAAUAAAGGAGACAUUAUUCCCAUACAUAUGUACUUCACUCUGGAUAAAAUAUAGCAAAUUAGACUUGCAGUUGCCUUAUAUUUAAAAAGCUAUAUCUGACAAUUAGACUGUUACUUAUUUGAAAGAGUGAAAAUGUGAAUUGUUAAUUGAAUUUGAUUUCUGUUUUGGUUAUAAAAUUUGGAACAGCUACCAUUCUGAACAUUUUUGCAAGUUUCAAUAUUGUAUAAUUUGUAUUUGCUGAAUUAAAUGAUGAAUUUGCAAAACUCCCACUAACCUAAU